UUUGUUAAAAGGUUGCCAUGAAUUGUGUGGAGUAAAGGACAGAAUUAUUUGAGAGAAAUGAUGUGCUUCACAUGUGCUUUAAAGGCACAGUGUGUACGCACAACCUGUGUUUGGGUGCUAUGAGAGGAACAAGAGCCCUGUAUAAUUUAAAAUAGAAACCAGCAACUGCAAAGGAGGGAAGGAAGACGACUGGAACCCGGGAAGGAUCUGUUGUUCUCUGUUGCCAUGGUGCUGAAUGGCUCUCUUGUGUGGCGUUCGCCAUAUUGUAAAGGACCUGUUCUUUUUAUUGUUGGAGAAGAAGAGGCAGUCUUUUCAAGUCCUGUUCUACCCCACAGGGGUGGAGGUGAGAGAGAGGCUUCCUAAUGGAUAGAAGCAGCAGGAAAGCGAAGAAGCCUACGACAGGCACAACAGAGCAGGCCAUCUAGUGCUGGAAGCUUGUGGGCUAAACACAAAGAGAAAAUAAGAGAGAUUGGAGAGAAACCGCUGGAUGAACUUGGACCACCUGGUUACUUUGCUAAGUUAACUCAGAGAAUCAUGCGGGAUCUUCCUACUUUCCAGAAGAAAUUGAAAGCUUCAGAAGUGCCAGAAAAGUAUAAGAGAAAGAAUAUGCAUCCAAGGUUAGCUAAACUGCUCAGCUCCGAGCCGCCCAGCACCCAGCAAAUGAAAUCGAGGCGUCAACUGUCCCUGAAAGACUCAAGGUUAACUCAGAUCCUGAGCCAGGAUUUAUCUGACGAUGAGGAAGAAAAGGAUGAGUCAAAGAAAGCAGACCUCCAUUCUUCAAGUAGCAAGACAGUGCCCUUUGAGACCUCUCCUGAGGGAAAAAGGAAGGCUGAAGCAGCUGCAAAGGAUGGCACACAGAAGGGUGACUCCUUGCCUUCAACUGUAGGAAGCUCUGUCUGGAACAUGGGGCAAAAAAUAAGCCACUGGAAGAUGGCCCACCAACAUGGGUAUCACGUGGGCCAGCUUACUCAGGAUAAAAUUUACAAGCAAAGGCUACUGAAACAUGAGCGGGACACCAAAAUAGCUAUGCCCAUGCCACUCCAGGAAGUGAUGGAGGAAGAAGUGUUUGACAUCUUAGUGGAAACCCUGUUUGACUACCACAAAAAAUUAGGAUCAGAGCACCCUCUCACCAUCCAGAUGGAGCAGCAGGUGGAACACCUUCACCUCCAGUUGCAGGGAAGAAGAGUUCUUUGAGUGAAGAUGCUAUGCAAACGACGCCCCUCCUACCCUUUGCCCACCAGUACCUUGAAACCACCUUGAGAACAAGUAAAUGUUUAUGUGUUUUCA